UUUCCUCUGCCCAUGGAAUAGAUGCGAGGAUGAUAAACUUCCAAGUAUACAUUGGGUUCUUGAUCUCGCAAAAGCAGCAGUUCUGAGGCAUGGAGUGCGAGGACUUGUAAUUGAUCCUUACAAUGAGCUUGACCAUCAGCGUCCUAUUAGCAUGACCGAAACAGAGUAUGUAAGUCAGAUGCUCACACUGGUCAAACGGUUUGCUCAACAUUAUGCUUGUCAUGUUUGGUUUGUAGCACAUCCCAGACAGUUACACAACUGGAUUGGGGGUCCUCCCAAUCUGUAUGAUAUAAGUGGCAGUGCCCACUUCAUAAACAAAUGCGACAAUGGGAUUGUUAUUCAUCGUAACAGGGAUCCAGAGGCUGGACCUAUUGAUCAAGUACAGGUUUGUGUUCGGAAGGUGCGAAAUAAGGUUGUUGGAACCAUAGGUGAUGCCUUUUUGUCCUAUAAUAGGGUAACUGGUGAAUUCAUGGAUAUUGUUUAAAUCACCUGGAAAGAAGACACGCAGUUAUGCAGUAUAUACUUGUAUAUUUUAUUAGGAGAGAGAGAGAGAGAGAGAGAGAGAGAGAGAGAGAGAGAGAGAUUGAGAUGAUGUCUUGUUGAAAUAUGCUUCCAUUCCUUUUACUGUUUAUUUCGUAUAUCUUUCUGAAAACUUUCCUAGAUUUAGAUCUGUGAUUGUAAACUGGUGUCUCUGCAAAGGCACUGAAUAGAUAGGAGACAUGCAUUAUUUGACA